GUGAUGGGCGAGUGCUCUUUCGAUAGUUUCGUCGAUAACAUACUCCAGCUAGUUGCUGUGACAGACACACGUGUUCUGUUUGAACAAUAUAUACGCGACAAUUCUCGCCAGAAACUUACUAGAGCACAACAAGACAACUUGACUAGACCCAUUGACUUACAGGCCUCUCGACGAGUAUCCGGCCAGAAAAGAUGCAGUCCUGGUAUACUGUCACCAAAACAGUUAGAAAAUGCUGUAAAAACGCUGAAGGAACUUGCAAAGCGUUUCAGAAUUCAACUAACGCCUGAGAAACAAACAAAGACCAAACGAACCAAAGGCGAAUCAAAAUCUCUUACUCAGCCGAGGGCGACAACACCUGAGGUGGAAAAUACGAAACUGCCAGGAACAUGGGUCGAAUGUUGUCUGUGCAAGAAGUGGCGUUAUUUAUCUGAUGUCCAUGAUCCCAGUUUGGUCGAUGUCGGCUGGAACUGUGCUCUCAGUUCGCGCAAGUCUAACCAGGUCUUGGAUGAGACACAGGGUUACAGUCAAAGUAAGAAUCCGUGCGACAUCCCGCAAAGUCCCAUUCCGGAUGAAAGUUACAACGAUUGCAUUUACACAAGUUUCGCGGUGGGUUCAGUUGUUUGGGCCAAACUUCAAGGAUAUCCUGAAUGGCCUGCAAUGAUCUGCUACAAUCAGGCUGGAAAAUAUGCUGAGUUUGAUCCUAUCACCAGAAUAGCAACUCACUAUUAUGUAGUGUUUCUGGAUCCCACGCAUUCAACUAUAAGUCGCAUUCGUGCCGGAAGAUUGCGGAGAUACGUUAGCGGCAGCGUGCAGCAAAUGAAAAAUAUCAAGCGGAAAUUUCGAGAGUCUCUCGAGGCUGCGGCGCACGAGGCUGACAAUGCGCUUCUGCUUCAGAUUGAGGAUCGGAUUGAAAUAUACGGAUAUAACUUUGAAAAGCGGAAAUUCCGCAAUCAAGGGACUCAGAACGUCAUGAAUGAUGGAGAGAGGUGCACAAAGAAUUACGCUGAGAUGCCUCGCAGGCUGCACGGUGAAAAAACGAUGUGGAUGAAACACACCGCCACCUUACCGAACGCGUUGAAGAAGAAACCUCGCGGACGACCAAGGAAGCAACGUGAUGAGCCAGCGCUUCUCAAGUCUGUUGAAAGUUGCGCAAGAAAACUGCAUCCUGGAACGGACGUGACCGCACACAGAUCAGAGAGCACAGAAUAUUUGAGGGUCAAGAAUCAAAGCUUUACCGUGAAUGAUACAAGCCCCGAUAAUGGGUCGAUUUCUUCAUCACCUUGUCCAUCGCCUUCAUUACUUCAAAGGGCUGAUGAUCAGUAUCUAGCAUUAUUUCGGCUGCAAGGAGAUGGACAUACUACAACUGCCGCAAAGGCGUGUGAAGUCACAAUGGACGCGUCUUUAUUUUCGCAAAGAUAUAGUCAGAUUUCAAGACAAGAGCAGCAACCAACACCGUAUAUGAGAAAGGCAAUGAUGGAUUUACAGGAGUAUUCCUUGAGCUCCCCAGGUGAAAUCAUUCAAGAGGCGGUAGAACCUCCCAAUAAACGGCACUUCUAUCCAAUAUACAAAAUACCCUUUCAUCUUCAGCUCGUUCGCACUUAGUGACCAUACCUUACUACAAUUAUCCUUCCGUCUGGUCCAUUAUGAUUCUUGAGUUACCGGAUUGGUG